AUGGGCUUUCUCGGCCUCGGAGAACCAUCCCUGGGUACAUUCAUCAUCUGCCUCGGUGCUUGGAUCAAUCGCGACUUCAAAACACCCGCCAUACACUCUAAAGAUGCCACACAGCGAGACGAUGUUGGAGCCGAAAUGGCAUUCAAUGACAUCAAGGUCGAAGAGCCCUCCAUUUUCUUCCCUGGUCAAGACAAAUGGCGUUCACGAGAGCUAUCGAUGCUGGGCUAUCGAGGAUUCAUCCACGCGCCAAAUACUACCAUGUUCCAGAAUCGAAUUCUCAGUCGUGUGCUCUUGCGGUUCCCUUUCAUUCUGGAGAUUAUCUACUGGGCACUAAUAUAUUCUGUCUACCAAAUGGCAAGAGGGUUUCUGGCUAAACGAUUGAACGAUCAGACCAUUGAUAUUGCUUGCCGCCACGCUCUACAGGUAAUACGACUCGAACAAGGCCUUCAUAUCUUCUGGGAGCUCGAGAUCCAGCGAUGGUUCUUGCAAUAUCCUGGGGUUAUGUACUGGAUCAACCGAAUCUACUCCUUCGUUCAUCUGCCUGCUACGAUUUCGUUCUUGGUCGGACUCUACUGGUUCGCAAUCACACGGAAUCGCGGCCGUACAACCACGGAACAUGUGGGGCCAUAUCUCUAUGAAUCAAGACGACGAAGUCUUGCGAUCUGCAACCUAUUGGCUUUCUGUGUUUUCUCAACGUGGCCUUGCAUGCCUCCCAGGCUCCUAGGCGACUCAGAAUCACCUGGUGAAGUGGGUGAGCUUGCCCGGAGCUUUAGCUUCGUCGACACAGUGCAUGGAAGAAAUGGAGCAGUCUCAGUUUUCAACACUCGACAGUAUACGAAUCAGCUUGCUGCCAUGCCGUCUCUGCACUUUGGGUAUUCGCUGCUUGUUGGGCUUUCCAUCAUGCGGCUUCCUAUCGCGCAUCCUGGCCGUUGCUACCGCUUAGCGUUACCGUUGCCCUGGUAUAAGCCAGAAGCCGAGUCGUGGGCCCUUCCAAUUCGAGUGCCAUCUCUUCCGAAGCUGCUGUGCGAACUCAUUGGAUUUCUUUACCCCUUCAUGAUUUUGGUAGCAAUUGUCAGUACAGCCAACCACUUCAUCCUGGACGCGAUUGUUGGAGGAUCCAUCUGUCUUGUGGCGUUGCGAUACAACGAGUUCAUGUUGAAUUUUCUACCGAUCGAAGACUGCGUCUUUUGGUGCUUGCGUAUUCAUAAGCCGGUCCAACAGCCGAUUCACCUGCCGACAGAAGGUCGAGAUUGA